AUGGCGUCCAGUCUGGCUCCCUUGACAGCGGAAAGCAGCUUCACCUUUUCCAUUGAUCGGAUUCUGAGUGUGGAGACGGAAAGGUCUGGAAACUGUCUGAAACUCCACCGGCCGUGGACAGAAACUGGAGCAGUGAAGGCGAACAGAGGUGGAAGUGUUUGUUCUCAGCAUCAUCAUCAUCACUCUGAACAUGGGACUUUUCUCAGACCUUCAUCCAGCUGGUACAUCGGCCGCAGGCCGCGCACUGCCUUCACCAGCAGCCAGGUGAAGGUGCUGGAGACGGUGUUUCAGGUGAACUGCUAUCCGGGAAUCCAGCUGAGGGAACAGCUGGCUCAGAGGCUCGACCUGGAAGAGGACCGAAUACAGAUCUGGUUUCAGAACCGGCGAGCCAAACUGAGGCGUUCUCUCCGAGAGAGCAGCCUGCAGCUGGUGCAGACGGCCGUGAACGACCUUCAGACGGGGCACGACAUCAAAGGUCAGCUGGAGGUCAGCUCGCAUCUCCAGCUGGAGACAGCAGAAGAACAGCAGGCUUGA